AUGAGCGGCAACUAUUCGUUGGCUGCCGUCACUGCGGUCGUCAAGUCCCUCGCUGCCGAUCCGACGACGCCUCCAGUCGUCUCUGAUGACUGCCCGACUGUGAAACUACCAGGCCUUGACACCCCCGAGAAGACCGAACUCGAGCGGGAGCUUGCUGCCCUUGUGCGCCGCGUCCAGCAACUCGAGGCGAGGGCAGACUCAACUACUACACACCUCUUUCCCGACACGCCGAACGAGACCGGCGACACCAUCUUCGCAGGCGAUAAGGGCAAAGGAAGGCCAAAGUAUCCCCUUCCGCGAAAUGGAUUCAUCGACGAGGCCUGCCUCGAGGGCCUCCGGGAGCAUGUUGAUGAUCAGUCCAAGAUUCUUGAUAACCAGCGCCAGGAGCUGGCUGGCGUCAAUGCUCAGUUGCUUGAGCAGAAGCAGCUGCAGGAGAGGGCUCUUGCUAUCAUUGAGCAGGAGCGCGUGGCGACCCUGGAGCGUGAACUCUGGAAGCACCAGAAAGCUAAUGAGGCCUUCCAAAAGGCCUUGCGUGAGAUUGGCGAGAUCGUCACGGCUGUCGCUCGCGGAGACCUCUCCAAGAAGGUCCGCAUGAACAGCGUCGAGAUGGACCCAGAGAUCACGACAUUUAAGCGCACCAUCAACACCAUGAUGGAUCAGCUGCAGGUUUUCUCCAGCGAAGUCUCCCGUGUUGCCCGCGAAGUUGGGACCGAGGGCAUUCUCGGCGGCCAGGCCCAGAUUGAAGGUGUCGACGGCACAUGGAAGGAGCUGACUGAUAACGUAAACGUCAUGGCCCAAAACCUUACAGAUCAAGUGCGCGAGAUCGCCUCCGUAACAACGGCUGUGGCCCACGGCGAUCUUACGAAGAAGAUUGAACGUCCCGCCAAAGGCGAAAUUCUUCAACUCCAGCAGACAAUCAACACCAUGGUGGACCAGCUGCGGACAUUUGCCUCAGAAGUUACCCGUGUGGCCAGAGAUGUCGGAACCGAGGGUAUCCUUGGUGGACAGGCCGACGUCGAGGGUGUACAGGGCAUGUGGAAUGAGCUGACGGUCAAUGUCAAUGCCAUGGCCAACAACCUGACCACCCAGGUGCGAGACAUCAUCAAGGUUACCACAGCCGUUGCCAAGGGUGACCUCACCCAGAAAGUGCAAGCCGAGUGCAGAGGCGAGAUUUUCGAGCUCAAGAAGACCAUUAACUCCAUGGUGGAUCAGCUCCAGCAGUUCGCGCGCGAAGUUACCAAGAUUGCUAGAGAAGUCGGAACGGAAGGGAGACUGGGCGGCCAAGCCACCGUCCAUGACGUUCAGGGCACAUGGCGCGAUCUUACAGAGAACGUCAAUGGUAUGGCCAUGAACCUUACCACGCAAGUGCGUGAGAUUGCCAAGGUCACGACAGCCGUCGCCAAGGGCGACCUUACCAAGAAGAUCGGUGUCGAGGUCCAAGGCGAGAUUUUGGACCUGAAGAACACCAUCAACACCAUGGUUGACCGUCUGGGAACCUUUGCCUUUGAGGUCAGCAAGGUCGCCAGGGAAGUUGGCACGGAUGGUACCCUUGGUGGGCAAGCUCAGGUGGACAAUGUCGAGGGUAAAUGGAAGGAUCUGACAGAGAACGUCAACACCAUGGCCAGGAACCUCACGUCGCAGGUACGCGGUAUUUCCACCGUCACACAGGCCAUUGCCAACGGUGACAUGAGCCGCAAAAUCGACGUUGAGGCCAAGGGCGAGAUACUCGUUUUGAAGGAGACCAUCAAUAACAUGGUUGACCGGCUGUCCAUUUUCUGCAAUGAAGUACAAAGGGUUGCCAAAGACGUCGGCGUCGACGGUAUCAUGGGUGGUCAAGCCGAUGUGGCGGGCUUGAAAGGCAGAUGGAAGGAAAUCACGACGGAUGUCAACACCAUGGCCAACAAUCUGACGGCUCAAGUGCGAGCUUUCGGUGACAUUACGAAUGCGGCAACAGACGGGGAUUUCACCAAGCUUGUCGAGGUCGAAGCCUCCGGCGAGAUGGACGAGCUCAAAAAGAAGAUCAACCAAAUGGUCUACAACCUCCGGGAUAGCAUUCAGAGGAACACGCAGGCGAGGGAAGCGGCCGAGCUUGCCAACAAGACCAAAUCGGAAUUCCUUGCCAACAUGUCGCACGAGAUCCGAACUCCCAUGAACGGUAUCAUUGGCAUGACUCAGCUCACGCUAGAUACAGAUCUGACGCAGUAUCAACGAGAGAUGCUCAACAUUGUGAACUCGCUUGCCAACAGCUUGCUGACCAUCAUCGACGACAUUUUGGAUCUGUCCAAGAUUGAAGCCAGGAGGAUGGUCAUCGAAGAGAUCCCGUACACGGUCCGCGGCACCGUGUUCAACGCCCUCAAGACCCUGGCCGUCAAGGCUAACGAGAAGUUCCUGGACUUGACAUACCGCGUCGACAGCUCGGUGCCUGAUUAUGUUGUGGGCGAUUCGUUCAGGUUGCGUCAAAUCAUCUUGAACCUGGUGGGCAAUGCCAUUAAAUUCACCGAGCACGGCGAAGUCAGCCUCACGAUCCAGAAAGCCACUCAGGUGCAGUGCAGCGCACCGGGCGAAUACGCCAUCGAGUUCAUCGUGGCCGACACGGGCAUCGGGAUUCCCUCGGAUAAACUCGACUUGAUCUUCGAUACAUUUCAGCAGGCCGACGGGUCCAUGACGCGCAAGUUCGGCGGUACCGGCCUUGGCUUGUCCAUCUCCAAGAGACUCGUCAACCUUAUGGGAGGUGAUGUCUGGGUCAAAAGCGAGUACGGGAAGGGCAGCAAGUUCUACUUCACAUGCAUUGUUCGCCUGGCCAACGAUGACAUCGCAUUGAUCUCGAAGCAGCUCGCUCCAUACAAGGGCCAUCAGGUGCUCUUCAUUGACAAGGGCAGAACCGGGUUCGGGGCCGAGAUUGUUGAGAUGCUCAAGGGCUUGAACCUGGUCCCGAUUGUCGUCGAUAACGAGAAAAGUCCGGCCCUGGAGAAGUCCCGCAGCUCCGGAAAUUCCCCGUACGAUGUCAUUAUUGUUGAUUCGAUCGAAGACGCCCGGAGAUUGCGCGCCAUCGACGACUUCAAGUACCUCCCGAUCGUCCUUCUUGCGCCGGUGGUUCACGUGUCACUCAAAGCGUGCCUCGACCUGGGCAUCACGUCGUACAUGACGACACCGUGUAAGCUGAUCGACCUCGGGAACGGCAUGGUGCCUGCUCUGGAGAACAGAGCCACCCCGUCGCUGGCGGAUAACACCCGCUCGUUUGAGAUUCUGCUGGCCGAAGACAACACCGUCAACCAGAGGCUUGCCGUCAAAAUCCUCGAAAAGUACCACCACGUGGUUACUGUGGUAGGAAAUGGCGAGGAGGCCGUCGAGGCGGUUAAGCGGAAGAAGUUUGACGUCAUCUUGAUGGACGUCCAGAUGCCGAUUAUGGGUGGCUUUGAGGCUACAGGCAAGAUACGGGAGUACGAACGCAGUCUUGGCAGCCAACGCACGCCCAUCAUUGCCCUCACCGCGCACGCCAUGAUGGGCGACCGAGAAAAGUGCAUCCAAGCGCAAAUGGACGAGUACCUGUCCAAGCCGCUCCAGCAAAACCACCUCAUCCAGACCAUCCUCAAGUGCGCGACGCUUGGCGGGCAACUCCUCGAGAAGAACCGUGAGCGUGAGCUCGCUCGCGCCGCCGACGCCGCCACGGGCGGCCGCCGCGAUAAGCCCACUCUCUCGGCCGCGUACCAAUCUGCCGCCGCCAACGCAACGGCCGCAGCCGCAGCCGCAGCCGCAGUCGCUACCGAGGCGACAAUCCAGCGGCCGUCUCUCGCGGCGGCAACGCGCGCUAUCACGGCCGCCGAGUCCAUGACCAAUGCCCUGGAGAGCCCGUCGCUUGUCACGGCGGACCAGGAGGAUCCCAUGGGAAGGGCACGUACCACCAGCCUCUCUGAACCAAACAUUCACCAUGCUGCGCAGGGCUUCUGA